UAUACCUAUUAUCAGAACGUGGUACUACAACUACAACGCAUGGUUGAUCGAUACGAGGCCAUCCGAGUGCAGCUGGAUCCACUUAAGGUUCGUCUGAUGGAAACAGGAUUGAGAAGUCUUGUCAACACUAUCGAUCGUGGUGUUUUCUACUUGAACUGGGACAGCCUGGUGAUUGACGAGUACCUGGAAUUCUGUGACCGCAACCUCAAACGAGUUGAAACCCAUAUCAAAGAGAUUCAUCGCUGUUCAGACAUACUGGAGCGCAUAGGUGUUCUAAUUUCACGGACCCAGAUGUUCAAGGAGAAAGAUGGUGGACAGCUUGUCUCUGCGAAGGAGUACAUGGACUACGCGGAAGCACAGCGCGAAAGCGACAUGGAGGAACUGGCCAGUCAGAUCAGUACGAUGGCCACCAGUUGUUUGGGUAAAUUGGAGGAAGUGUUGUUCGACACGAACACUUGCCGACGCGCAGAAAUGUAUCCAAUCUAUCAGCGCUUUGAAUUGAUGAUACUACUGAAAUUACUUGAAAUGGUUCUUCGCAACAUGUGGUCGUUUGUCAACGCUCUGGGAGGCAGACAGCCGAUAUUCUAUAUCGAUGUCCUGCUGGUUAACUCCGAUGUGGUUCUUUAUCCCGUCAGCGCAGAUUUGUACAAAUGGAUGAUGCAGACACUGCGGGGUUGUGUAGAAAGUUGCCGCUACUUUAUACGCUGGAAACAUGGGACUUGUGAACCCUGCCCAACGAUCCGUUCGGAUGGCGAUGAGCUGGUUUCGUUCAACUAUGUGACUGAGUUGGAACGAUGCCCGGAGUUGCGAGAACCAGAUGCAGCAUUCAAUCAGCGAGUUCAACAUUUGAAUAAAAAUGUGAUGGAAUUUCUUAAACGACUGGCUCGAUUCUCUGUUCUGUGGCAUCAAGAUAAG